AUGUCGAAUCCCAUUAUCACACUACUAGCGACUGAAAAAUUAGGCGGUGAUAACUAUGUUAAGUGGAAAAGUAACAUGAACAUACUAUUGGUCUGCGAAGACUACAAAUUUGUCCUAGCGGAGGAAUGUCCUCCUGAACCCGCGGCAAACGCAUCCAAAACCGUAAGGGAGCCUUAUGAUCGCUGGAUUAAGGCCAACAACAAAGCCAAGUGCUUUAUGCUGGCCAAUAUGAGCGAUGUGCUUCGCAAGAAGCAUGAUGAGAUGGAGACUACUUAUGAGAUAAUGGAGUCUCUAGAAGCCAUGUUCGGCGCUCCCUCUGAAAAGGCUCGUUUGGAUGCUGUUUGA